CAUGGCGGUCAAGAGUAACCUCGGCCGUUGUACUCGCUCGCGGAAGACAGCUACAAACGGUGGCAUGUCGGAUAACCUAGAAAAUAAACCAGCAACUCGUACGCCGUACGCAAAGUCUGUUCUCUUGGUUUCGGAGAAGAUGGAUAACUGUAAGGUUGUAAUAGAAAAACUGAAGUCAGACUUUGUCAACACAGUCAGGCAUGCGAAGAUUGAACGAAAACGAAGAAGGGUGGAAAGUGAAGACGAAGCUGUAAUAGAGGAAGAAGAGCAAGAAAAAGAAGAGAAGUCUACAGCAAAGCGAACAAGAAUUGCCAAGAAAAAGAUAGAGGCAAAAGGGGAAGCAUCAAGUGGAAGCAAACAAGAAGUUCACUAUACUUCAACAAGAGAGCGAAGAACAGUCAAGUAUACUGAAGAACCACAGGGCUUAUCAUCUCAUUCAGAAGAAGAGAAUGAUAAUGAGAAUUCAUCUGACUCUGAAUCAGGCCUGGCAUCUGGACACAAAUCAUCAUCAUCAUUAUCAGUUUCCACUGACGGGGAUAGUGAUUCACCCGUACCAACAAGUGAACUAUCAGAUAGCUCGCAUCAAAUCAAUAACAGUUCAGAUGAGCUAUCAUCAAGUAACAGUGAUAUUAUAACAUGGCGCACAAGGAAAAGUCCAAGGAAAAAAGCUCAAGCAAGUUCAAGAAAAAAGAUUGCUGAACUCUGUGAUAGAUUAUCUGAUUCAGAGGACACGUUAUCAUCAUCAUCACCAUUCUCAAGUGAAGCAUCACAAUCAGAGUGACAGCUAAAGACAGAAUUGAAGAAGUCUAUUUAAUCUUUAGAAGUAUUUAAUUAGUGUCUUUCCCUGUUGGUUUUGUUUAAUUUUCAGAAAGAAAGAAUUGGUGGUAACAGUCAGUGUGAGGGUCAAUGAUCUGUCCAUUUUCAAAGCUGUAUUCUCAGAAGAAUCACAGUAUUGCUAAAGGUUCUUAUCUUAAAGAUCCCAGGUUCCCAGCUAGGUGCUUUUAUCUUUGACAAAGUUAGUCACCUGUGGCACCAGGGCUGUGCCAGAACACACCCCUGAAUUUAGACAUAUUUGAGAUCCAAAAGCCUGCAUAUAGCUUUAUGCUGCAAGUAGAAAACAGGGUUGGAACUUGUGAUGAGAAUUAAUCAUACAUGUUUCCAUGAUUUUAGGCUGUCCAUGCAUAAUGCAGAGUAUUUUCAUAUUUCCUCUAUUAAUUUUUAUAUACUUUUCAAUAAUCUUGUAAUCUUAUUUAUUUUGCAUCAGAUGUCUAAUAUUGUGUUUGCCAAAGAUAGAGACUUGCACUGUAGUGAAGUGUUUAAUUGGAUAGAUCAAAUUUUAGUUUUUAUUUAAAUAUUAGUACUAUGCAUACUAUACAUGAAGCACAAAUGUGUAGUUGGUAAAUACCAGUAUAUCCUGGAGACUUACAUUCAUCUGACUUAUGGAUUAUUGAAUUUGAACAAAAUACUUAAUCAGUGAAACUUUAACCCUUUAACUUCCAAGAUGUGAUUGUCAAUUCUUCCCUCUAGCUGCUAAACAUUUCCUUGUCAAUAAGUUACAAGAAUUUGGUGUUAGAUCAGGAUAAAAACUUUCACCUGAUGAGUGUAAGUAUUCUUAGUACCUGUUUCAUGGAUAAUGGGUGUAUUUUACUGGGAGAAGUUACACGUCCAUCACUUCUAGGAGUUAAAGGGUAAAGUACUCAUUUGCUCCAAUUAAGAGGGGAGGCUGCAGUUUAUAUCCCCUUAAGGAAUGGAAGUUGGAAGGGAUUUGAUCAGUGACAGAACUGUCAACACAUCAUCAUUUCUUUGUAAUAUUAUUAUGUUGAUAGAACCCUGCUCAAAACUGUUUUGCUUUUCCAUCCCCAAUACAAAUUUUAGAUUGGGGAAGGUGGUGAUUUACAAUAUCAUUUACAAAAUAAUUCCAUUUCCAUUUUUGCUAUUUUCAAAAGCAAUAGGUAACCUUGACUUCCAGUAAGUUAGUUUCCAGUAAUUUAUUCCUUUGGUGCUUUUCAGAAAAGAGUUGUGGCUUUGCUGUUCAUGAAACACAUCAAAGUGCACUUUAAGAUAAAGAGCUGUACCUCAGUCUUGUAAAACAGCUAUGGUAACCACAUCUCACAAAGUGGAGAAAUUUAAAACAUGUUGUUUUCAUCUUGGUGCUGAUCUACCAGACUGCCCCUGUCAACCCUGACUUGAGUUUUGAGUCUUUCCCAGAGGUGGUUUCUUUGCCUGGGAUAGCUUACUCUUUCCUUUGUCAGUUUUACCUCUAAAGAGUCUGUUUACAUCUAAUGAGUUGAAAGGAAGAUUUGUGGCAGACUUAUUUCUCUCUGUUGAAUUUGGCUUCUGUUGGGCCUUUUGUUCCACAUUGGCCAUGUCAAUGGCUAAUCUAGUAGGUGCAUA